AUGAAUGAAAUGACAGAAUUGAAGAACUUGGNUCGACUUCUACAUCAACAUCAUCAUCGUCGACAUCAUCAACGUCGUCUACUUCGAGCUCAUCCACUUCAACAUCCACCUCAACGUCAUCAACAUCGACGUCCACGUCGUCUACUUCGAGCUCAACAUCAUCAACCUCCACAUCGACUUCAACGUCCUCGACUUCUACUUCUACUUCAACGUCAUCAACAUCCUCGACAUCAUCAACAUCAUCCACUUCUACGUCGACCUCAACAUCAUCAACCUCGACAUCGUCUACGUCGACAUCGUCUACUUCGAGCUCGACAUCAUCAACAUCCACCUCCUCAACUUCUACGUCGACAUCGUCUACUUCGAGCUCGUCCACUUCAACAUCCACCUCAACGUCAUCAACAUCGACAUCGACAUCGUCUACUUCGACCUCAACAUCAUCAACCUCCACAUCGACUUCAACGUCCACGUCGUCUACUUCGACCUCGACGUCGUCGACAUCCACAACAUCAACAUCCACCUCCUCCACUUCUACGUCGACCUCGACAUCGUCUACCUCGACCUCAACAUCAUCAACCUCCACAUCGACUUCAACGUCAUCAACAUCGACGUCCACGUCGUCUACUUCGACCUCGACGUCAUCGACAUCCACAACAUCAACGUCCACCUCUACUUCUACCUCAUCUACCUCAACAUCGACGUCAACUACAAGUACAAGUACCACGAUUGUGGUAUUGUGAUCAUAUAGACUUGUAUUGUUUGAUGUUUUAUCCAAGCUUAUACGUGUCUGACUCGUGCUCGUUGGGAGGUGUUUGCACUAGUCUUAAUGGCGGUGGCAACUGUGUGGCAACAUUUGACGGCAGCGGUAAUUAUCAAUGCACUGGAUGCAAUUAUGGUGCUGAUACAAGUAACAAGCCAUGUCCAGCAAGUCCAUGUUCGACAACAGUUAAUUGUAGUCAACUUAAUGGCGCGGGCACUUGUAGCGCAAUUGGUGGUGGAACUACAAACUAUCAUUGUGUUUCUUGUAAAUACGGUUCAAAUACAUAUAAUAGUCCAUGUCCAGCGGAUCCGUGUUUGUCAGCGACUCCUUGCACAUCAAAUAACGGCAGCGGUGUUUGUGUUGCAUUUGGUGAUGGAACUGCAAAUUAUCAAUGUACAGGAUGUACUUAUAGUCCUAAUGUAAACAAUACUUCAUGUCCAAAUAAUCCUUGUCUGACAGGUGCUAAUUGUACUCAACUUGAUAGUGUUGGUACUUGUGUUGCAGUUGGAAAUGGAACUACUAGUUACCAAUGUACCAAUUGUGUUUAUGGGCCAAAUACUCUAAACAAACCAUGUCCAGCUAAUCCAUGUACUAUGGUUAAUUGUAAUUCAGCAAAUAGAGGUGGAACUUGUGUCCCUCUUCGUAAUGGAUAUUCUGAUUAUGUAUGUGCUGGUUGCAAUAAUGGAUCAUCUGUAUUAAAUGGAAUUUGUUAA